GCAUACGGUUAUAGCAUAUCCCUUGACCCGUACAAAAUUACGGGCAAUUACGAGCUAAAAAAUAUGAAAACAACGAAACUGUAGUAGUGUUCAGAGUUCAGACACCCCAUCAAAGGCCAAAAAGCAACGCCCGUUUUUCUUCGUUCGUUCACUUCUGUGUUCACACUAGACACUUCGAACUGCUUACUUCUCAGUUCUCUGUCAAAACAUAAGAGCUCCCCCGACCUAAAUCUAUUCAAGUUCUUUUUCAGUAAUCUCUGUUGUCACUUAUUAGGGUUUGAAAUGUGGAGGGAGAAUGGAUCCCUCUGAAUCCGAUUCAACAGCUGUUUCGAACUCCAUCAAAGAUCCAGAACUGGGAAAUCAGUCAGCUUCUUCCCUCUCUAGUUCCCAUCACGAUCCUGAAACGUCAGAUCUCAAUCCCAGGGAUGAGACUGAUGCCCUUCAGGAAGACCUUCAGGAUAAGUUGGAUUUGAAGGAUAAGGAUGAAGGGGACGAAGAGGAAAAGGGGAAGAAAGAUUCUGAAUUUGAUGAUGGUAAAGAAGUAAGUGGUAUAGCUGGUACUGGAGAAUCUGAGAAGGAACAAGUUUUCAAUGAACAUAACCAGAAUUGGAAUGGAAAUGAGGACGAUGGUUGGGGGGAGAAUGUGAACGAGAGUGAGAAUGAUAAUUUUGGUUUGGAUAAUGUAACUGUCGGUGAUAAGGUGGAGAAGAACGAUGGGGAAAGCAGCAGUAGAGCACACCAGUACCCGGUGAGGCCCGAAGCUGAAGAUUGUGCGUUUUAUCUCAAGACUGGAACUUGCAAAUUUGGGUUUAACUGCAAGUUUAAUCACCCUCUUAGGAAGAAAAUCAAGGUUGUUAAGGAGAAGGGAAAAGAAAGAGAAGAAUCAGGAGAAAGAUCAGGGCAGACUGAAUGCAAGUAUUAUCUAAAGUCAGGAGGUUGUAAAUACGGAAAGGCUUGUAAAUUUAACCACACCAGAGGAAAAUGUUCUCCAACCACUAUUUUAGAACUUAACUUUCUCGGCCUGCCUAUUCGUCUGGGGGAGAAAGAGUGCCCCUAUUAUAUGCGUACUGGCUCUUGUAAGUUUGGAGCAAACUGCAAAUUCAAUCACCCUGAUCCUACUACUGUUGGAGGAAGUGAUCCUCCUUCAACAUUUGCUAAUGGUGGGGCUGUUUCUUUACAAGGUGUAUCUCAGCCAUCUAUACCCUCUUGGUCUUCUCCAAGAACAUUCAAUGAAACUGCCCCGUUUGUGCCAAUGAUGAUUCCACCUGUUCAAGGGGUUUCUCCCCAAAGUUCUGAUUGGAAUGGAUAUCAGGCACCUGUCUACCUACCUGAGAGGACUAUGCACCCACCAUCUCCAUACAUUGUGAACAGCCCAGCUAUUGAAACAAAUGUCUUUAUGCAUCAUCCGAAGCAGAUGCAGGUUGAAGAGUUUCCAGAAAGGCCUGGUGAACCAGAGUGCAGUUACUACUUAAAAACUGGCCAUUGCAAAUUUAAAUCUAAUUGUAAAUUUCACCAUCCAAAGAACCGCAGUACAAGACCUCUAUGCACUCUAAGUGACAAGGGUCUGCCUUUGAGACCUCAGGACCAGAGUGUCUGCUCGCACUAUAGUCGCUAUGGAAUAUGCAAAUAUGGGCCGUCUUGUAAGUUUGACCACCCAACAAACCUAUCGCCGUCAAACAUGGCUGGACUGGAUCAGGAAUCCUCCUGCACAGACUUUGCUAGUGUGGAAGUAGCUGAGAUGGCUGGAAGUAGAGGUGCAGGUGACUCCGCAGUUAAGCAACCUGUGUAAACAUUUUCCAUGGCGGAUCCUCUAACUUUCAGGAUGCGUACUGCCCAGAAUUUGUAAUUUUUCUUAAGGAUAUGAUAAAUUUGUUACUCUUUCCAUUUCUGCACGAUGCGGCACAAGCUUUGCAAAGAAUAGCGAGAUAUUAUAUAAAUAACUAUUUAUUAGAACUUAGAAGUUACAUUAUCGUC